AUGGGUUCCCACUGUGCCAAGCUCAGCACAGGCCACAGCCGGGGCCACGAGUCCUCCAUGAAGAAGCUCGUGGCCUGCGUGAGUCAGGAUAACUUCUCCCUGUCAUCGGAGGGCGAGGAGGAGGAGGAAGGAGAGGAAGAGGAGGAAGAGGAGCUCCCGGUGCAGGGCAAGCUGCUGCUGAUGGAGCCCGAGCCGCAGGAGGAGGACGCCGAAGAUGACCCUGAGGCCCAGCAGAGCCCCGAGCCCAAGCAGACGCACUCCUGA